ACUGUAUCCUUUGGUGACUGGAGAUGACUGUAUCCUUUGGUGACUGGAGAUGACUGUAUCCUUUGGUGACUGAAGAUGACUGUAUCAUUUGGUGACUGAAGAUGACUGUAUCAUUUGGUGACUGAAGAUGACUGUAUCCUUUGGUGACUGGAGAUGUCUGUAUCCAUUGGUGACUGGAGAUGUCUGUAUCCUUUGGUGACUGAAGAUGACUGUAUCAUUUGGUGACUGAAGAUGACUGUAUCCUUUGGUGACUGGAGAUGUCUGUAUCCAUUGGUGACUGAAGAUGACUGUAUCCUUUGGUGACUGAAGAUGACUGUAUCAUUUGGUGACUGAAGAUGACUGUAUCCUUUGGUGACUGAAGAUGACUGUAUCCUUUGGUGACUGAAGAUGACUGUAUCAUUUGGUGACUGAAGAUGACUGUAUCCUUUGAUGACUGGAGAUGUCUGUAUCCUUUGCUGACUGGAGAUGACUGUAUCCUUUGGUGACUGGAGAUGUCUGUAUCCAUUGAAUGUUGAUUACAGGUGACACGUUUUCUUUUAACUGUGGCCACACCUGACAUGUUUUACCCCGUUUUCGUUUAUUAUUAUCUGCAGAUAAGUUUUCCUUAAUUGCCAUUAAUCUCAAGUGGCCCAAUAUCCCUGACUAUUGAUCAGAGAUGACUUUCUUUUUUAAAUAUUAUAGGGUCAUGUUGUAAUCGGGGGAUCCUUGACCCCCCUAUUGUGCCCCUCUAAGUGCUGUGUUUAAUAAGCGCCAGUCCCCAUGAUUCAACUCUCUCCUUCAGCCUUUAACAUUCUACACGACAUAAAGUGAGAUACUACUUAAUGACAAAAUCCCUGACGAAGUUUUAAAUCCAAACCCUGAAGCUGCUGGAGACAACAAUAGAUUAGCCACUAAGGCUUUAAUACUGUAAUAUGACCCAUGGCCUCCCAGACAGGAACACGGGGUAUACAAAUCAUUAUGGAGACUCGUUGAAUAGAAUUUCAGAAGAAAAAAAAACCUACCUGCCUACCUACCCUCUCGUAUACAGGGAUGUAAAUGCCUAGGUUCUUGUACUAUGCUGUAGGGAACUUUAUGGACUUUUCUCCCGGCACUAGUUAACAGAUUAAGUUAACAUUGAAAUGUACGCUAAUACAUCGUGAACCCACAGGACGAAUGAAAUUAGUGCCCUGUAUACUACCUACCCCCCCCCCUUGUCCCUUACCUCCAGCUCCUGAAGUACACCCUCUAACUCUUACCUCUAAAAACUAAGUCCUGUAUACCACCCAGUAAACAAUUAGACAGCCCCUUCAACUAGAUAGCGAAUGCCCUGUAAAAUAGCCCCAAAACCAUCAGCCCUAAGCAGUGAGCGCCCCGUACAGUACUAACCUUACCUCCCCCUGCCCGCUGCUGACACGGACCUGCAGACUUCGCGCUCUUCUAGCUCGCCUGAGACCAAAGCUCUGAUGAAUCUCUAUGCAUGAGCGAGGUCCUGCUGCCUGGUGGUGAUCCUGAAGACGAUCCUCAGCUCCAGCAGGCCAGCGAGGAGGACGUUACUCUCCUCUCUUUCACCCCGCCGGCGGUGACUCUCUCAUCAGGGUGGACCCACAGCCCAUCGCUUCACUCCCCUACUAACCCACCUUUACGGACAGGGUUAACACCUAGCCCACCUCUACAGACAGUGUCAACACCUAGCCCACCUCUGCUGACAGGGUCAUCAUCUAGCCCACCUCUGCUGACAUGGUCAACACCUAGCCCACCUCUGCUGACAGGGUCAUCACCUAGCCCACCUCUGCUGACAGGGUCAUCACCUAGCCCACCUCUGCUGACAGGGUCAUCACCGAGCCCACUUCUGCUGACAGGGUCAUCACCGAGCCCUCCUCUGUUAACAGGAUCAUCACCUAGCCCACCUCUCCUGACAGGGUCACGAUCUAGCACGCCUCUACCGGCAGACUCAGAACUUAGCACACCCCUGACAGUUUCACCGCCUCACUCACCCCUCCUGGUAGGGCUGCCUCCCCGCCAAGCACAGUACUACAACCUCACACCCCAGGCAGAGGACGAGGUGGAGUUGACGCCACACCUGGAGCAGCAAGACAUCAGCGACCCGCCCCCCACUACCACCUCCAGAGUGACUCCGGUGGGUGGUGGAGAGCAACGGUGGUGGGGUCUGCACGGAGCUGCUGCAGGUUCUCUUCCCUCCCUCACUGAACCAGAGUCUCCCCCAACAACAUCUCUUGACCUCGAGUGGGAGCCAGAAGCUGGUCUCGCACGAGCCAGCAGGGAGUCCCUCAGAGAAGAGGAAAGGUCCCAGACGGCGGAGUCAAACAGCUGGGUGCCGCGCUCUUCCUGCUCCACGCCCAAUAGCCUCGAGUGGGACUUCCGCGCUUCCACACUAAGCCUGAGGGGCGGCAUGGAGGACGAGACGUGGCAGCACACUGACCUCGAGACCGAGCAGCUGCUUCAGGAGAUAGAACAGCUGGCUGCCCGCGCCCUAGCUGACACUGGACACGGCCUCCAGCCACCGCCCAGAUAGGAAAGGCUUCAGUGACUCACCCACUCACGAAUCUAAGAGCAUAUUUCAAAAGUUUGCAAAUAGACAAGUCAGACUUAUAUUAGAUAUUGUAUGUUUAAAUUGUGAUAGAAGUGUGAGUCGUCCUGCCUUCACCUCGGUGCCCACACAACAGAAGCUUCCCCGUUGCCUUGGGAGUCUGCCCGCCAGGAAUAUAGAUUUUCUGGACAAUAAGACAGUGAUUAAUAAGGUCUUCUGGCGUGAUGAACUGAGAUAUUAGCGUGAUGAACUAGAACAAAGGCGUGAGGAACUAAAAAAUUGAAAUAUGUAAUUGACAAGUGUUACAUCAAAAGAUGAACUAAGAGACAGUGGCGUGAUUAACUAAGACACGAGUCGACUCCUGGGCAAGUUGCUAUGUCACUCUAGAAUAGAAGGACUAAACAUUGUACUGGGGACCUGAAUGCUUCUGUUUACUACUGUGUACCAAAUAGCAUUUAUAACAGUACUGCAUAACGUACUCUGAUAUAUUACUAGACAAAGCAUGGUAUACAUACCUUUAGACUAUGUACGAAGAUCCUUAUUGCGGAAUUCGACAGAAAGAAGUUUAUCCUGUAAUAUUCUAUAACAACAAAGACAGACACCUAUCAUAAUCUUCUUGACCCGUAACAUAUCCUUUACCACAGAUCCUGCUGACACAUCAGACAUAAUUAUAUACAGUAUAUUAGUCCUUCACCCUGGUGUUGGUGGAUCUGCCUCAUAUCGAACUUCAUCAGGGAAGUUAACCUCCUCUCUCGUAUAGUCAGUAUCUCCUCUUCUGCUUUAAUGAACCUUUGACUAAAUCGACGAGUUCACGAACCCUUUUUUCCUGGUUUCAAAAACGCAUUUAAACUUCUCUGACCCCCAAGCUUGUGAAUACCAUUUCAAGAGAAUAAUGUUAUCAAACCAACUUAGGUAAUGUAUAAAAGUGAUACGUCAAUUUUAGUGAGGAAGAUGUUCCGACCACUGCCCCACAAAGUUUUGAGAUGGUCCCAUAAUUGCUCAAUAUUUACUUACUAAGGAUACACAGUGUUUACUUGCAGUAUGCAACGUAAACCCAAAAUUAGAAUUCACUUAUUAUCCAUUACAGACAGAAAACGAUGAUACGACGUGUGCCUCACGCUUGUACACAAACUGCGCUUCCUAAUGUGGUAAAGUCAGGGACAAACCCACGGGCGGGAUGAAAGUUUUUUCUGGCACACAAGGAUUGUAAGUGGUUGCUGGAGACGUGAAGGUUUUUAUUAAUGUGAACAGUUUUCCAUUGCUCUAGCGUUGUAAAUUGGUUCGAGGUUUUGGAAACGUGAAUUAUUACACUUGUCAUCUCGUUCUUCUCUGGGAGCAAGGGGGUUGAGAUCAGUGUUUAACUCAGUCAAUAUGCACAUCAAAGUUUUCUGACAAGAAAAGCAUUAUUUCGCUCGUCUUCACUUUGUGCACUGCUCUCUACGUGACUCAGAGACAUUACCAAGUUAUGUAAUAAGUGGUGAGGGUCUUCAUUGAACCAGCACACUUGUUAUUAAUAGUAGUUCUGUGAAUAUACUAGUAGUGUCUGCAGUGUUCACUUGUCAACAGUGUCUAUAUCCGUGGUGUUAUGACAACAUAACGUCUGUGAUCUUGCUUAAUAUCUUUGUAAGUAAAGUUACAAAACCUAAAAGUAGUUCUGUGUUUCAGAAAUAAUACAAAAAUUUAAAUCGUAACAAAGGUUGUGUUGCGAGUGUUCCAUUAAAUCCGAGAGAACUCGCAAACCUGUGUGCAUAUCGUUUUAUACAAACCAGCUAUUAGUUAUGAGCACAGUUUUUAACUGUGUUUAGUCUUUAUCCAGCGUCAUUUUUAUGCUUAGUUUCUAAGCAGUUUAGUCAUGGUCGUAGUAAAUUCAAAUUCAAGAGAUAAACUUUAAAAGCUCCACUGAAACAUAAAUAUCUAAGAGACAAAAAAUUAUUAAUGUUAUGUACUUUCAACUAUUUCUGAUCCACUGAUUUAUCUGGUCUGUAAAAAGCAAUUUCAAGGCUGUGAACUAUUAAAGAGCGUCAAAAAAUUAUCUUCUCAAGAAUAAUAACAAAACAAAAAGAGUGUUUCUCUUACAAGAUACGAUUACUAAUCCUCGAAUUGUUUGAUCUCAGACAGUCGAGGUGCGGAGUAGAAAUCAGGUGAUUCACUCAAUACAUUUUUCAAGCUACAUAUACAGAACAGUGGCGGGAACGCAGUUCCAGGUCAGGGUUCUCAAAGAUUUGUGUGUAUUUUUUCUCUCCUGAAAUAGGAGUAAGGGAACGCUCUAGUAACGAUAGUAUCACCUGCAAUCAUGACGCCAUUUUGGCUGUCAUCCGGGUGCAGUAGCAAAAGUUCGCCGAUUAGACCAGUUAGAUGGCGUACAAACUUUUAUAAACGAUUGCCCUGGUGAGUUACAUCCACUUGCCAGGUAGUAAAUCAAAAGUAGAACACAAUAGUUAAUGACUUCACAUUAUACAGGUACACGAGCCGAAGAAUGAUACUGCUUUGAAAUCUGCUGAUCUACGGUACAUCUACAGAAAGGCAGGAAGUUGGUUUACAUAGAGCUAGUGAGUUGCAGGAAACUGGUCAACGGGUAGUUGAUGGCCUGCAAGAAACUAGUCUAUGAGAAUCAAAUGGUCUAUGGACUAGGGAACUAGUUGUUUGCAAGAUACUAGUCUCUGGAUAGUCAAUGGUCUACUUAGGCUCUGGUGUCCUCUGAUAGGGUAAUGAGACCCGGAUCUAGUGAACCCACGACACAAAAUAUAUCAUACACUCGGCCAAUGGAAGUCGCCCUGGCCCAGCAUCUGUAAGGGUCGUGAAGCACAAGCAACCUGUAGAAUAAUUGCUUCUUUGGAGACAGCCUUAUACAGUUGGUGCUACCCUUUUCCUCGUUAUUUUGGCUAGUGCUUACAAACACUUGUGAUUUUAUAAUCUUGUAGUGUAUAACUGUGAGGGAAAAGUUUGUGAUCAACUCGUGUACAGUUCGUGUAUAAAAAUUGUUUUGUAUAAACCCAUAAGAUCCUGAUCACAUCUUUUCUUCCCAUUUAUAAAGAGAUGUAAAUAUUUUGAAACUUAAUAAAAUGAAAAGGCU